AUGUCAAAUAAUCAAAAAACUUAUUGUAGAAAAGAAACUUUGUCGACUUCUCUCAUGUAUAAUAAAAAAAAUAUCAAUAAUAUUGACUUACAAUGUACUGGACUAAAUAAAGUAGUUAAUGAAAACAUUGUAGAAAAUAUUAUUGAAAAUGAUAAUUUAUUAACUGAUCGUGGAAAUAAUUGUAGUUGUACUACUGCUGUUGAGGAAAUAAAUCAGGAUUAUAGUGAUUCCGAUAUAUUUAAACCAAUACCUGAUGUGAGAAUAUUUUCUUCAGAUGAAAUGAUGAUUGAAAAUUAUGAUUAUGAAACUUAUGAAUCUACUUUACAAAAAAAACCAAAUAACGAUAAUGUUCAUCGUUCUCAUUCUCAACAAUGUUUAGGAUUACCUUCAACAAGAUCUCGUUCUUCAAGUAGAAGUUCUAAUGUUAGUAAUUGGUUAAUGAAUCAUUGUUCUUCUGCUACUUCCGCUUGGGAAUGUGGUUGUGGAUAUUGUAUACUUUGUUUAGCUCCUGAUAAUAUGUCUAUCAUAGAAAGUAGACCUGCUUCAACAAGAACUACUCCAAGACCUUCUCGACGUAAUUCCGUUUCUUCUCGUCAAAAAUGUCAAAAAUGUUUAAAUUAUGCUUUCCCUGAUAUACCUGAAGAAAAUUCUUCCUCUUUCAACAAAAAACAUCAUCAAUUAGCUAUUCUUAAACGUCUUUAUCGUCAUCAACUUGAUCAUAAAUCUGAUUAUAAAAAAAGUUGUGAAAAUUUGGAUUUGGAAUUCCAAAAAUUCGUUUCUACCGCUUUAAUGGAUUCUUAUUCUUGUGAUGAUUAUGAUCAUUUGGAUCCUUUUACCUGUCUCAAAUGUAGAAAUGAUUUACUGCUGGUUGAAGCUCCUAAAAAUGACGUUCCCAUCUGGAGAAAUCGUUUAUGGAACUAUUUAAAAGAAAAAAUCUUACCUUCUUCCCCUUUAAUUUCUUCAUCUACUACAAGUUAUAAUAAUAACUCUUCUGAUGAAUUACAUGGUGAUGAUUUUGUUGAUAAUAAUUGGUCAAAUUAUUAUAAAUACGAUGACUACUCAAAUUCUUCUUCUAAUUCGUCCUAUUCUCAUGAUACUAGAAAUGAUGAUGAUUCUACUCCAUUUCCUUCUUCUUUUGGCCAAAAUAUUUUUUGUAAC